CUGCGCGAGGCCAGUCCGAGAACGCGACCCUAACACUGACAUCCGGUUUUUUUUAAACGUAACUAAACGUGUAACGGAAGCAAUAAUAUUGUACGCGAGCAACAUGAAAAUCGUACUGUUGCUACUCAUCACAACAUUCAUUGCCUCAGGUCAGAGGAUAACGACAAUACAACUCGAUGGAGUGCAAUACUUUGUCUCGAGGAUGAACCCGUACAGCCCAGAAUUAAAUUAUUUUUUGGCCUAUCAAUAUUGCCGUUCACUGGGUCUUCAAUUGGCGUCUUUUGAAACUAAAGAAAAAGCCGAUACCAUGACACAAUACUUGAAAAAUGCCGGUUACACUAAAUACGACUUUUGGACGUCGGGUAAUAAAUUGGGAACGGAUAUGUUCUUAUGGAUGAGCUCAGGACUGCCAUUCAACGCGACUUUUGAUUACAUGUUGAGACGUACUGGAAAUCGCGCUGUCGAUGUUCCACCUGGCACUGAACCACAAAGGGUAGCACGUGAAAGUGGAGAUAGUGGAAGUUCGGAUGGUUGUGUAGCAAUGGUAGCACCGUCAUUAGCUUGGGAUGCUCAAGAUUGUACUCGUGUUAAGGAUUUCAUUUGCGAGCAGACACGAUGUUAUUAUUAUAACUACGGAAGCAUACCGGUUUCGGCAACUCAGGGAAAUCGUAGACCAUAUUCAUCGACGACGACCACGGCAUUGCCGGACACCGACAGUAACGACGAUAAUGCGGACAAAUUGGAGACCGAGACAACAGACGCGGAUAGGAAUGUAGAAGAGGAGCACGAGGAUAAUAACCCAAACCAGGAGCAUCAGACUGAAAUUUACGACAGCAAUAGCACUAAUAAUAGCAAUAACGACAAUAAUGAUAACGACAGCCAUAAAGAAGAAAUAGAAGAAAGUUCAAAUUCACCUGACACGUUAACUCUACCCGAGGAUCCAGUAGUAGGUCGACUAAUGAGUACCGCUUCCUCAGAUCUUUUGACCAAAACUCAAUCUCGUGAAGACGUUAUCAAGGAGCGCAGCAGAACCGAGGACAUUCCUGACAUAACGAGUUUAUUCACUGGAAAUCCGGCGAUUAAAUCCCGCACCGAUACUGUAUUCGCCGGGUUGGAGACUCACGAAAUCAGAUCAAUCCAGCGUGCUAGUCAGCAGUCCCCGACCUACGACAAAACCGCGAGUCAACCUGACAACGCGCUCGAGUCAAAAACCAUCGGUCCGUACGACAGCGACCAGGACUACGCAAACGACGCCCCUGAUAACACCAACAGCGGCAGUGGUGAUGUGUUGAAGGAUCAAGAGGAAGACUUAAGCACUAUUUUACCCGAUGCCGAACCGGCUUAUAGGUACAACAUUAAAGUCCGCUCCAACGGAAAAGUAUUAGACCCUCCGUCCAAGUAAUCCACCAAUUAAGUAAUUAUUUUUUAAGUAUUUAGCGUUUUAUGAUAAACAUCUUCCGUUUUUUAUUAUUCAAACUAAAUUUGUUGAGUUAUUAAUUGAGUAAUUAAUAAUUAUACACAACAGAGUCGUGAGGGAUAAUAGCGCGGCAUUAAUAAGAUCAACUUAUCGACUCGAAUAAAUUCGUAAUUAGUUAAUAGAUAUAGAUGUAAUAAAAAUUUAAUAUUAAUAUUAUUAUUAUUAUUAUUGAAAUUUAAUGAUAAUAUUCCAGUAAAAUGACAUCAGAGGACUUGAGAAAGCAUAUAGCUUCGUAGGUGAUGGGCCAAGGGAUGUCCGCUGAUGUCAUCACUCGAAUACGAGUGCAAGACGAAACGUUGUACGGAUUUAAAUAUCGAAAAUAAUUGAUCACGCUGUUGUCUACGGCAAUGUUUACGUCAUCCACUCGUAUUCAUAAUUAGAAUUGAAUUAAAUUGAGUUGUAACAAUUUAUAUUAGUAAUUUUUUUUAUAUAUAUGCCAUUGAUAUUGUAAUAAUUGAGCGAGAAUGAAGAACUAUUUCGUAUGAUUGA